GUACCCAGGAAAGAGGAUGUAGCAUCUCCUGCAGUAGCAUAGCAAACAGGGCAUAUGAGAGGAAAGGGCGGCUGUUGUGCAGUAAAUAUGGGACGGAAAAUGGCCUUAUGAACGAGGAGGUGAUGAUUCACCGCCAGGUGAUACUGACCCAGAACUUGUACCAGAGCAGGUUUCUCGGGCUUGCAGCUAUGGCCUCUCCAUCUCGUGCAUCUCAGGGCAGGAGGCGAUGUAAGGACCCGAUCCGACACAGUUUUAAUCCUGAGCAGUUCCCCAAUGUGGACUUCCAGAACGGCGUGGCGGAGGAUCAGGCGGCAGCCGUGCUGCGCUCCACUAGUGACACUGACCUGCUGACGUCCCACUGCCGCUCCACCCUCACCGUCAGCACCUCCAGCUACACCAUCGGCCAGACGCAGGACAUCACCCUCAGCUGGGACAUCAAGGAGGAGGUGGAUGCCGGAGACUGGAUUGGCAUGUACCUCAUUGAUGAGGUUCUGUCAGAGAAUUUCCUGGACUACAAAAACCGAGGUGUGAACGGCUCCCACAAAGGGCAGAUCGUCUGGAAGAUUGAGGCCAGCUCCUACUUUGUGGAACCGGAGACUAAGAUCUGUUUUAAAUAUUAUCAUGGAGUUAGUGGAGCGCUUCGGGCCACAACACCAUGCGUGACCGUGAAGAACCCUUCUGCACCGGUGUUUAAGCCGGUGGCCACAGAUGACGUUCCUCAGAGUCAGGGAAGAAGGAGACUCAUCAGCUUCUCUCUGUCAGAUUUCCAGGCCACUGGACUGAAGAAAGGCAUGUUUUUUAACCCCGACCCCUACCUAAAGAUCGCCAUCCACCCUGGCAAACAUAGCAUCUUCCCAGCGCUGCCUCACCACGGCCAGGAGAAGAGAUCCGGCAUCGUCUGCAAUACCAUUAAUCCUGUUUGGCAGAGGGAGCGCUUUAAUUUUGUGUCUCUGCCUACGGAUGUGUUGGAGAUUGAGGUGAAGGACAAGUUCGCCAAAAGCCGUCCCAUCAUAAAGCGUUUCUUGGGCAAGCUGUCCAUGCCAGUGCAAAGACUACUGGAGAAGCAUGCUAUUGGUGAUCGAGUGGUCAGCUAUACUCUGGGUCGAAGACUUCCAACAGAGCAUGUCAGCGGGCAGCUGCAGUUCAGGUUCGAGAUCACCUCCUCCAUUCAUCCAGAUGAUGAAGACAUGUCUCUGAGCACAGAGCAGCCGGUGGCGGCAGCAGAAGCUCAAGCUCAGCCUCAAGCUGAAGACACCAUGAGUUUAGAUCUCGGAGCCCCAGAGCUGCCCUUAGAUGGAGAUACAGCUUCAGUCGAGAUGCCAAUGGAUGUUGAAUCUGGUCAGAGCUGUGCAGCUGAAGCAGAUGUCAUAGAGGAAGAGUGUCUAGAGGAAGAACAGCAGGGAGAAGAAGAAACGGCAGCAGAGAUGGAGCAAAGUGAAACCAACGCAGAAGAAACAACACAAGUCUUGGAUCCAGUCAAUGGUGCUGAAGAAGAAGAAGCAGAGAAUGAUUGCGCCUUUGCAGAAGAGUCUUCAGAAGCUCCCGCAGGAGUCGAAGAGGAGGGGAUUUCAGAUCCGCAGCCGGCUUCAGAGGAGCCAGAUGCGGAUUUAGAGGAAGGCUGUUCACUGAGGAUCCGAACCACUCCAAGAAGAAAGCCCCGUCCCUGCUCUUUACCUGUAUCUGAGCUUGAGACGGUCAUCGCUUCAGCCUGUGGGGAACCCGAAACACCACGCUCUCAUUACAUCAGAAUACACCACCUGCUCCACAGCCUGCCGGCCACUCAACCACAGACAGGAGACUCCGCCGGGCCUGAACCAGACCGACCAAUAGGUGUAGAGGAAGAAGAUGAAGAGGAAGAAGAAGAAGAAGAAGAAGGUGUGACUCUUGAAGAUCACGCUUUAACACCCAACGGCCCUCGCAGGACUCUUCCUCGCAGCCGCUCUCAUGAACGCCUCUCUGACCUCAUCCAGAUGCUGGAUGGAGAUGGACAUCCGCUCGGGGCUGAGGGGCAAACUGGAGGUCAGAGGUCACCCGAUUUGAGCCCGGUUGCGUGCUGCAGUCACAUGUCCCCGAGAGCUUCUGGUCCCAUUCGCGCACCGUCCCUAGACAGUGCGCGGAGAUCCGAGAGCACAGUGUUCUCCUCGCAGGAUGACGAGGACGAGAUGGAGCAGCCGAAUGGCAUUCUGGGAUCAGAGACAGACACGGAGCAGGGUGCUAAAUGUCGGGAGCCAGGUGACGGGAGCUGUCAGUGGGAGGAGGCACCGGAUAGUCACGUUCAGAGCCCUCAUGGCAUUAUGGGUAAUGGAGAGGCAGCCGGACCGAGUAGCAGACGAGAAUGUCCUUUGCCUUGUAACCAUCCUGCAGUGAGUCAGCUGCCCGCCCUGCGGCCCGAUCCACAUCACUAUCCCACCAUAGAUGAGCCGCUGCCGCCCAACUGGGAGGCCCGGAUCGACAGUCACGGUCGUGUAUUUUAUGUGGAUCACAUUAACCGGACCACCACUUGGCAAAGACCCACAUCUGCAGCCACGCCGGACGGCCUACGCAGGUCUGGAUCCGUCCAACAGAUGGAGCAGCUCAACAGGAGGUAUCAGACUAUCCAGAGGACGAUGGCCACCGAGAGGAGAGAAGAGGAAUCAGGAAGCCCCCGUAAUGACAGAACAGCCAAUACUGAGACAGACUCGCCUCUGCAAACAAACGAGUUGAGGAGAGACACCCCAUGUUCUCCAGGCCACUGUCAGAAGAUUACGUUACUGUUACAGAGUCCAGCGGUCAAAUUCAUCACUCACCCAGAGUUCUUCACUGUUCUCCACGCUAAUUAUGGUGCGUAUCGAAUGUUCACCAACAGCUCGUGUCUGAAACACAUGGUCCUAAAGAUCCGACGGGAUGCUCGAAAUUUUGAGCGCUACCAGCACAACCGUGACCUGGUGACGUUCCUGAACCGCUUUGCAGACGCUCAGCUGGAGCUGCCGCGCGGCUGGGAGAUCAAAACUGACCCGCAGGGGAAGUCCUUUUUUGUAGACCACAACAGUCGUGCCACAACCUUCAUCGAUCCCAGAAUCCCCUUGCAAAACGGCAGAUUACCAAACCACCUGACGCACCGCCAGCACCUGCAGAGAUUGCGCAGCUACAGCGCAGGAGAGGCAUCUGAGGUGUCACGCACCCGAGGGGUGUCUUUGUUAGCCAGGCCUGGAAACAGCCUGGUUGCAGCCAUACGAAACCAAAGCCAGCAGGAGCCAGUGCCAUUAGCAUACAAUGAUAAAAUUGUAGCAUUUUUACGGCAACCAAACAUCUUCGAGGUGCUACAGGAGCGUCAGCCCAGCUUUGCCAGGAAUCACUCACUCAAGGAUAAAGUGCAUCACAUCCGAACCGAAGGCACGCAGAGACUGGAGAAGCUGUCGUGUGAUGCUGACCUGGUCAUGCUGUUAAGUUUGUUUGAGGAGGACAUCAUGUCUUACGUUCCUCUCGCAUCAUUUCACCCCGGGUUCAACUUUUCACCUCGCUGCUCUCCUGGUUCUUCUCCUCAAAAUUCUCCAGGGACUCAGAGGGCUCGGGCUCCAGCCCCGUACAGAAGAGACUUUGAGGCCAAAUUGCGCAACUUCUACAGGAAGCUUGAGGCAAAGGGCUACGGGCAAGGACCCGGGAAGAUCAAAUUGAUCGUCAGAAGAGAUCAUCUGUUGGAAGGAACAUUUAACCAGGUCAUGGCCUACUCGCGUAAAGAGCUGCAGAGAAACAAGCUGUACAUCACCUUUGUUGGAGAGGAAGGUCUGGACUACAGUGGACCAUCACGAGAGUUCUUCUUCCUGCUGUCCCAGGAGCUGUUUAACCCUUACUAUGGCCUGUUUGAAUACUCCGCUAACGACACGUACACCGUCCAGAUCAGCCCCAUGUCUGCUUUUGUGGAGAACCAUCUGGAAUGGUUCCGCUUCAGUGGUCGAAUUCUCGGCCUGGCUUUGAUUCAUCAGUAUUUGUUGGAUGCUUUCUUCACACGACCGUUUUAUAAAGCUCUUCUCAGACUACCCACUGAUCUCAGUGAUCUGGAGUAUCUGGAUGAGGAGUUUCACCAGAGCUUGCAGUGGAUGAAGGACAAUGACAUCACUGAUGUGCUGGACCUCACCUUCACUGUCAAUGAGGAAGUGUUCGGACAGGUGACAGAGCGGGAGCUGAAGUCUGGUGGGACAAAUGUGCAGGUGACAGAAAAGAAUAAGAAAGAGUACAUUGAGCGGAUGGUAAAGUGGAGGGUGGAGCGAGGCGUUGUCCAGCAGACACAAGCUCUGGUGCGAGGAUUUUAUGAGGUGGUGGACUCUCGUCUGGUGUCUGUGUUUGAUGCCAGAGAGCUGGAGCUGGUCAUCGCAGGAACAGCAGAGAUCGAUUUGAAUGACUGGAGAAACAACACAGAGUACAGAGGAGGUUAUCAUGAUGGGCACAUUGUGAUCCGCUGGUUCUGGGGAGCAGUGGAGCGCUUCAAUAAUGAGCAGCGCUUGCGUCUGCUGCAGUUUGUGACGGGCACCUCCAGUGUGCCGUAUGAGGGCUUCACUGCCCUGCGUGGCAGCAACGGCCUGAGACGCUUCUGCAUCGAGAAAUGGGGAAAGAUCACAUCACUCCCGAGGGCGCACACAUGCUUUAACCGUCUGGAUCUUCCACCGUAUCCAUCCUACACGAUGCUAUACGAGAAACUCCUGAUCGCUGUGGAAGAGACCAGCACUUUUGGCCUUGAGUGAGGACUUCACGUGACACACUGUCCUCUGGGAGAGCACUUCUUGUACACUGUAUGUAUUUCUCUACUAGCGUGGAUCGUUUCUUUGGUUUGUUCAGGACACCACUGCAUGCUUCAGUCGCCUGCGCGGGUGGACGGUGAGUAACGGGUACGCAAUAGUGAUAAAAAAAGAGAAGCCUUCAACCUGCUUUAACACUCAGGGCCUCGACCUCCGCUGGAGUCGCUCUCAGUUCACACAUACCAUCGUCAUUUCAACGCAAAACCCCCACGGCCGGCGUUCCUUUUCUGUGUCUGCAGUUUCACAUCGAUGGGAAUUGUAAAAUGAAAAACCAAAUACGCUCACAGAAAAUAUUGAAUCGAGGUGCCGUGAUUACUGUAAAUGUGUGCACUAGAUCUCACCCCACACCACAUCAUCACAGGAAGUGACGUCAUUUUGCAGGAGUCAAAGAAGUGGGAUUAUGGAUUUCCAAACCUUGCUGUGAUAGUUUUGGUUUAUUAUUAUAAUUAUAAUAAUGGGAUGUAUUCAAAGCAUCAGUAAUGUACAUCCAAAGAUGGAUGUUCAAGGCUUCACGCUGUUUCAUGUCUCGCCUGUAAUGAAAUUCAAACUUCUCUUUGCCAUUCGUUUGAAGUAUACUGGGGCCUUUGGGAUGUAAAAUAUGUUCCUUUAAUGUACUUUAAUGUUUAUCAAUGGAACUGAUUCGAUCAGAAUAUAUUUGAUGUUUAUAGAGAUCCACCUUUUUUUUAGCACAGCUGGUUCUGAAAGUACAGUUUUACACCCAUUUUUCCCAUACACUGUAAAAAAUGUUGGGUUCCACACAAUUCCUUCAUGUUGUUCCAAAACAAAGUAACUAAACUUAAUGUAAGUUGAUUGAACAUAAAAUAAUUAAGUUGUCCAAAGGAAAACUCAAGAAUUGUGUAGUUUAAACUCAUUUUAAAUAAGCAGUUUGAACAAUCUGCAAAAGUCAUUUUUUGAGUGUAGGAAAGUCAUUGUUAAUGCAUUUUGAGCCAACUACGAGGAGAAUCACGACAUAAAAACUUGAUUUAAAACAAGAUUUGAAGCAAAGUAUGUGAAAAUUAGAUUAAAACAAAACAAAACCCAGAAAUACAAGACUCUGCACUUAAUGGCUUAAAUGAGGGAAAGAACUACAAUCGCACAAAGCACUGCAAAAACUCAAAAUCAAUAAAAAAAGACAGGAAAAUAAAAAUAAUUAAAGUUGUUGGUUGGAUCUAACAUAUUUCAGGUUUAUAGCAAAAUAUAAAUAUGUAUGCAGUAAGCAUUUUGAAGGGAGCAUUUUUAAAGAGACCAUUUUUGCUGCAACUUUCUGAUUGGAGGAAAUUCUGUACUGCAUUAUGGGUAAUGUAGUUUUCUCCACAAAUGCUAUUACUAAGCAGUUUUUUUUUUAUAGAUUGAAAUAACGUAAACCGUUGCAUUUAGAGCAUAUACAAAUAUUUAAAAACAUCAGAGAUUAAAAGAAAUCUGACUUAAAAGUUUCUUUACAAUAAGUUUGUGGAGAAAAUGAAAGAGUUUUUAACUUUCAGAACUUAACAGUUGCUCCCUAUUAAGCAACCGUGGAACAUCAGUGAUUGGUUGAUUUUGAACCAAUGAGAUUGUACUGUGGGCAGAGCGUCCCAGCAACGAGUUGAAAAUGUUGUAAACGUCUUAAGACACUGUGUAAUGUUGCAUUCAUGGUGAAGACCAUUUUAAGCGAUUUGAAUGAACAGAUAAUGGCGCGAUGUGGAUGUGUACUUUAUGUAAAUGAGUAAUGCAGUGUGCAGCCAAUGGAAAUUAUUAUUGUUCAUUGUGAUCAUUAAUGCACUGCUGCAGAAUUUCUUUUCAGCGUGCCACAAAAAUAUCCCCUUGUUAACGCCCCAUUUACACGGGGUGUCAGCGUCAACGCUUCCCAUUCACGUUGUUUGGGUGACGUCAGUUGUUGCCGAACUGCAUUGUGGAUCCGUCGGCGCCACUUCAGUGGCAUUGCUCGCUGCAGAAGUUGGGACUUUUUCAACUUUUCAAGCGCCGACGGAAGCGUCAGCCAAUCAGAUCACUGUAUGCAAAUACACCAGCUCAGACAGUAUCCGAUUGCUAACUAAUUUCAUUGGCUGACACUGCUAUGAUAAGCCCCAACUUCAGACACGCCAUCUGUCGCAAGCGUUGACGCUAAAGUCCCGUGUGAAUCGGGCGUAAGCGUGACGUCACGCAAAGUGGCUUACGGGUCCAAUCGCUAUAUUAAACUGUAUGGGGAGACUCAACAAAUAGUAAUAAUAAAUGUUUACAAAGCGAUGUAAUAGUUUUGAAAAUC